CGCCAAUUCGCCAUUUUUGUGCUAUUGGAAGCCAUUUUUCAAUAUCAGUUGUUAAAAUUUAUGCGUUUGUAAUUUUGUACUGUAUCUGUGACCUUAAUUUUGUUAUUUUUUUACGUAGAAACAGUGUAUCUUUAAUUUGAUAACCAUGAGUAACACAGCAUCAACACCGCUCUUCGCUUGUUCGCGUUGUUUCUCAAGACACCCUUUCGAGGAAUUAUCAACUGGCGAACAACUUUGUAAGGAAUGUCGCGGAUCUUUCCCAGUCGUCAAGUGUACGUACUGCCGUUCUGAGUUUCAACAAACAAGCAAAUCCAAUACAUCAUCAAUUUGUAAGAAGUGUGAAGCCAAUGUAAAGGCUUACGGCAAGCCUACAGCAUGUGAAUAUUGCAACAUCAUCGCUGCGUUUAUUGGUAACAAAUGUCAACGGUGCGCUAACUCUGAGCGCAAGUAUGGGCCAGCGGUCACCUGCGAGCAGUGCAAACAACGCUGUGCUUUUGACCGCCAUGAUGAUAGUAAAAAGGUUGACGGAAAGCUCUUAUGUUGGCUAUGCACUCAGUCUCUCAAACGAGCGCUGGCGAGAACCAAGCAGCAUCUCUCUUCUGUGGAUAAACAUAAGCACAGGGGACACAAGUCCAGGAGUGGUCACAAGGAGAAGCGCAAGUCGGAUAUGAUGAAGUCGAUGAACUCCAAUGAUUCAUCACUUAAUGACUCCCAGCCAUCGGAGAAGAAAUCUAAGAUGAACCCAUUGCAAGUUAUAUUUCGCUCCAUAGGUGAGCUGGACCCCAACAGUUCUGACCAUGUGGUAGCGAUGACACAGCUGAAGGAGACGAUUGCCAGCCUACAGAAGAAAGUUCAACAGAAGGACAAUGAGUUACUUGCCAAAGAUAAAUUGAUCACGGAACUUAAAGCCCAGCAUCUAAACAACACACAGGAUCUACGAAAUGAGAUGAAAAACAAGGAGCGACUGAAUGAGACCAAGUUUAAUCUAAUGAACACUAAAAUACAGAAUCUGCUCAAAGAAGUGGCGACCCUAAGCAAGUCCGCUAAAAAAAACAAUAAAAACACCAAGAUUGCGCUAGCUAAUACAGAAAACAGCGGCAGUGGAACGGACAGCCCGAGCACUAACUAGAACAAUUUUCAACUCUAACCCUUUGAUUUCUAGGUAUAAUAUUACUCGACAAAAACAAUGGAAAAUACUUUCCUCUUAUUUUUUUACUCUACAAAUGGUUUUAUUUGUAGAAUUUUUAUAAUCAUAAGCGUAAGUAGGUUUCAAUUUAACGACAUGAUAGUUUUUAAUUUAUUAUGCUAACUUGAAAAAGUUUUUACCGUUUUAUCUGAAGUACAUUAAUUAAUUUAUCCUGUAGCGUCAUAUUUUGUUACUUGUAUAAACUGAUGCGGGUUUAAAAGGUAUUAAGUCUAUGACUACUCGGUUAACAAAGAGAUAUGAUGAUAAUUUGGAGAUUAUUUUUUGUAUAAUUUUUCAUUUGUCUUCAGUAUCAGUGUAUCUAAACUGAAUAGUUUUUGCAAAGUUUUUAACAUUUAACAUUGAAAUACAUAGGAUAGUGCACAACAAUCUAACGAAAAGGUUAUUCUUAUGUUUGAUUGUAUUAGUCUAAAUUUAUAAAACUGUAUCAUAUCGCAUUUUUUAUUUUUGUAUCAAUUCUCUUGUUAUUAUUUUUAAGUAGUUGUACAGUCUUGUGACAAUGAAAGUAGUGUAUACCUAAUAGGUAGAUCAGUUUGUAUUCACGAAUACGUUUUUAAAUAAAGAACUACGUUAUCGGAGUAAUUAUUCGAUGUAAAAUAAAUUAUGAAAAUAAAACAUAAAAAAAAGAAAUGUGUGUUGAAUUAAAUUAUUAUUAAUUAUGUUAGUCCGAUAGAAAAGAGGUUUGAUAUAAGUGAGAUAUUGUGUAAUGCUGUUAGAUGUUAGCUAUUUUAUUUGUACACAUAAAUGUUCGGCUCAUUGUAUUGGUGUGUUCACAUUGUUUGAGAAAUUUGGUGCCCUGUGUUGCAAUGUGCAUGCACCAUAAUGUAAUUGUGAUCAAGUACCGGACUGAAUAAAUUCUGUCAUAUCAGUGUUAACAAUAAUUAUGAUUUAUGAAGCAACGUUUGAUUCGAAUUGGUUUAAGUAUGUGUGAGAGAUAUAGGUUAACGAUAAUAACGACACACUAAUAAAAAAUUUAAUAAGACUUUAUCAGUGUUACUUUAUCGAAAUUGGAAUUAAAAUUCAAACUGAAUAUUUAAAAAAAGACCUUAUUUUGUUAAGAGUACAAUAGAUUUUUGGCUAUGACCCUCGAGAUAGGCGAGAUUGAUAUUGUAAAGAUCACAAUGUUAUAUAUAUAGCUGUAAGAUUGUUUUUUAGCCAUUGUUUUGUGAUUAUUUUCCAAACUUAAUGUUUUACCACGUGACGCACAACUGAUUAUCAAACAGGAAAAUAUGUAUAUGUUUGUUAAGCAUGAUCUAUUGUCAUAUAAUGAGAGUUAUCGUGUCUGGAUUUGCAAAUAGAAGUGAAUCUUGCAAAACUAAUUAUUAAUUAAAGUUAUAGUCAUCGUCAGAUCAGCUACAUGAUGUCUACUGCUGAUAAUAAGCCAUCCCUAAUGACUUCCAAAUCGGUCAGUUAAAUCAAAAUACUUUUAUGGUGACUGGUAAGUCA